AAACAGGUUUACAUAAAAGUAUACCUUUUCCGGCGUACUUCACAAAGAACAGGUUUACUGACGCACACGGCGCGUCACGCCCACCCCAAACGGAAUGUAGACCACGACGACGCGACGCAGGAUCUAGGGAACCGGGGAUUGGGGGUUUGGGGACGUAUAAUAUUUUUCGUAGUCCGUGUAAAAUUGAUGCAUGGUCAUUGCGCAUGCGUAUAAAAACCAGACGUAAACAAGAAGAGAGAAAAACGGCAAUGGUAGACUUUCACAGCUUUUCGCUUUUGUUUAAGAGUAAACCUGGGAUAAUGGAUUAGUCGAGGAGAGGGAAACAAGUGAUGGGUCUUGUGGACUCCUUCGCAUCCCAAACGCGUGGUAGCCUCGUUCCCACGACCGUCCUUCCGCGUAGCGUCGCUCGCGCGGCAACCCAGCGCUCCAGCCGGCAGCGCCAGUGAUGGCUUACCGCCACCACUACCGGGCGGGCGGCGGGCAGCUUCAGGCCCUGCUGGACUAUGAGUACUCGCCGGGGAACCUCAUCGGCCACGGAGCCUUCGCUCUCGUCUUCAAAGGCAGGAAGAAGAAGACCCUAGAGGUAGUGGCAAUAAAACAGAUAUCCCUAAAGUCAGCUCCAGACCAUCUCUCCUCCAUCAGACAGAAGGAAAUUGAAAUCCUGAAGGAAGUGAAGCACACCAAUGUGGUCCAGUUGUUGGACUAUCACGUGAGUCACACCACCAGGUCACGUGACCUGUGAUGUCAUACUGGUAUCACAUGACCUGUGAUGUCAUACUUGUAUUGUUCUCACUUCCCCUACUGCAGGAAGAGAAGUCUCACAUCUACCUGGUCAUGGAGGUAUUCUAGACCUCAUCUUCCUCUUUCAUGUUUCCCUUUCUUCUUUCUCCCUCUCUCUUGCCUUGUCGGAACUCCCUCUCUCACUCCCUCCCUCUCUCACUCUCUCCCCAAUCACCAGUACUGCAAUGGAGGUGACCUGGGAGACUAUCUGCAGACCAAACACACACUCUGCGAGGACUCAAUCCGCCACCUCACCAACCACAUCGCCAAUGCCCUGGCCACUCUGCACAGUCAGCACAUCAUUCACAGAGACAUCAAACCUCAGAACCUGCUUCUCUCGUAUCCCUCUCCUUCUCCUUCCUCCUCCUCCUCUUCAUCCUCAUCUCUGUCCGGGAGUGGGAGUGCCAAAUGUGAUCGAACCAUCACUGAAGCCACUAUCAAACUAGCUGAUUUUGGGUUUGCCCGACACCUGAAUGGCACGGACAUGGCUGCCACUCUCUGCGGCUCUCCUCUCUACAUGGCCCCGGAGGUUCUACUGGGAGAGAAGUAUGACGGGAAGGCUGAUCUGUGGAGUGUUGGCACAAUCAUCUUCCAGUGCCUUACUGGAUCUGCCCCCUUUCUGGCCAACAACCCACAUGCCCUGAGGAGACGCUACGAGAGGGAGAAACUGGUGGCCAAGAUUCCGGAGGGUACUUCGCGCCAUCUUGCCUCCCUGCUCGCCAAGCUCCUAAGAAAGAACCCCAGAGAUAGACUAGCUCAUGAGGAUCUGUCGGUGCACCCAUUCCUAGCAAACCCUUCCAUCCAAGCCUCAGGGUACCUGAUGAUGGCUCCUUCACCCCCUCGUGCCAAGUCCUCCCCUGUCCCCAUCAGAAGACACACCCCCUCUCCCUCCCGCACCCCCUACUCCUCUCGCCACUCCCACUCUCAGCGGCAGAGUCCGUAUGAGAUCUUUGUCUCUCCUUCGUCCGGUCCUCCCUCCAUCCACCCUGUUGGCAGCGCCUCAUCUCUUGCCCGUCACCACAGUCCACACUCUGACAUCACUGAUCAUGGGUUCAUCUUGGUGGAGUCUCCUGGUCUCUCCUCCUCUCCUCUCUCACUCACCUCCAGCCCCCACUCCGGGAGCUACGGCAGCGCCCGAAGCCACACACCCUCAUCAUCUGGACACACCCCCUCCUCGUACGGCUCUUCCUCCAUGCAGCGGUUCCGCAGCCUCACCACACCCUUUUACCAAGCCACACCGAAUUCGCGCAGUUCUAAUGGGAGCACACCAACUAUAAAAGGAAGCGAUGUCGUUGCCAACUCGCCACCUAAUCCUGCUGAUUAUGGUCGGCCUCGAUCCCAUUCCAAUACUUCCAGACGCCGAUGUUCGGAACCACAAGUGGGCGUGGCACCUCUUUCACACACCCCGCCCUUUGGCAGACUCAUGCAGUUGGGCGUCGCCCCGGCAACCGCUCAGUCUCCGCCCACGAACUCCAUCCAUCGUCAGACCUCCUCCUCGCCUUCCCCAUCCUCACCGUCAGGCCACGCCUACCAAAUGGGCAAUAAUGUGGGCGUGGCAGUGGGUGGAGCUCGACAGACAUUGAGAGGAGGAGGGGGAGGGAUGAGAUAUUCUCUGGUGACCCAUGGCAGUGGGUCUAAACUGACCUCUCUGUCGGAGCAGGCGGAGCAAGAGGACACUCAGUGGCAGCGAGAGGAGAGUCGGAGACGAGGGAGUCGACGAGGCAAAAAGGCUCCCCCCGCUAACAAGGGGGACACCCCUUCGCUAGAGAAGAAACUGGAAAGACGGGUUUUUCUGGACCAGCUGAUCACGGCGAGCCAGGUCCUGGUAUCUGACGAUGAGGAAGAGAUCGACGAGGACGAGGUGGAUUUUUCCAUCUCACUCUCGCUGCAGUCGAGUCAGUCCAGCAACAAGACGGACGAACAGGAGGACGAGGAGGAGGGUGGGAGUGGCAGUUCGGAGGUGGCCACGCCCAAAUUCUCGGUGAGAUCUGGAGCUGGGAGGCGGUGCAAGAGUGCUGGGGGAGGAGAGGGAGGGAGAGGUUCGUUCUCGCAGCAACACUCUGAGCAGCUGGCGGAGAAUCUCCAGGCAAUUCACAGUCGCGCCGCGUCCCUCUCCUCUCACCAGAGCUGGCUGGAAGGCAGCGGAGACUCCGCCCUCUUUGCCCCUGCUGCAAUCACAGAGUACCGCUUCGAGGUGUCCCUUGCCGCAGAAAUCAAACCCGUGACACCUACAUUUCAGCUCCCCCGAGGGCCCCCCUCGUCUCAAUCUAAUUUACCCCCACAACCAGAUCGAAGGGUCCCUCAUCAAUGUCGGGAUGGGGCUAACUUGAACGUUGAGUUGCCCCGUGAACAGUGGAGAGAGGAGGGGAGGGGAGGUGUGCGGGUAGUGAGGAAGGGGGCGAGGGGAGGUGUGAUUGGAGAGGGUGUGAGGGUGUGUCUGGCUCCUCUGCAGCAGGCAGUGGCCCUGGCAGGAGAGCUCACAGCGAUGGCUCAAGCCCGUCAGGGACCAAUCAUGCUUCUCUCAACUGAUCUGAGUUCGUCCGGUGGUGUUUCUCGCUCUCAGCGUCACUCAGAGCAGCUGGUUCUCUAUGCCAAGGCAGUGGCUGUCCUGGACUCUGGACUGAGGCAGUUUCAGAUCCAAAUGGCAGCCAGCAGCUGUGAGCUGGAACAAGGCCCCCUCCGUACUGCUGAGGUGGAGGCUGGGGAGAUGCAAGAGACGUGCCUGGAGAGAGCGAGACAGCUUCGCGAGGAACUGGAUAAGACAGGAAGCGCCACUCCCUCCCUCCAUCUCUCUGCCGAGAGACUGCUACUGUUGGAGGCUCUGGAUAUGUGUAAACAUGCAGUCCUGAGCGAGCAAGCAGGAGAAACGAAGGAGUGCGUCAAGAAGUAUCGCAUUGCAAAACUUAUCUUCACUCACCUUCUCUCUGAGGCCAAGACGCACCGAGACAGGACAAUCCUCACCAACUAUGUACAGUCGGUGACAAGGCGGAUCCAAAGACUGACAAACAACUGUUGACGUUCCCAUACUCUCAUACACCCAUUCCCCCAUACCGCAUGCUGCCAUACUUUGGAACCAGUUUUAAAAGUUGUUCCGGGACACUCAACUCUGUUUUAUCCUCCCAUCAUCUCAUCAGCAAAGAGCAUUUUAUAAUCGGCUCACGUGAUUUAUAUUUUUGUUGGGUUUGUUUACUCAAAUGUUUUUGUUAAGUGUUUUAUUUGUCAGUAUAUUCGUCUCUGGUGUAUCUACUUAUCAUCUGUAUAGUAGUUGGUUGAACGUGAUCGAUUGCAGUCGUAGAUUUUGAUAACACCAUGU